AUGGCUGAAUCAGUCAAUGAAAUAACACAAAAUCAACUCUUUACCAUGGAACAAAUGGAACAAAUGUUCCAAAUGUUUCAGAAGUUCAACAAACCAAGCAAUCCCACAGAAAACCUAUCCACUGUCCAAUUAUCAGAAAAACUAAACUACAAUAACUACACCAAAUGGAGUCGUCUAAUGCAAAUUGCCAUUAACAAUCGUGGUAAAUUAAACCACAUAACCAAUGAACCUCCCAAAAUAACUGAUCCAGACUACCCACAAUGGGCCAGACACGACUCUAUUGUCAUUUCAUGGAUUAUUGAAAAUAUUGAUGCUGAAAUUGUUAACCAGUUCAUUGAUUGUAAUACGGCUCGAGAUUUAUGGCAAGGUAUUGAAAAUUUGUUAAACAGUGGCCGUGAUGAACUCCAAAUCUACGAUCUGAGUUCAACGGCUGCAACUCUAAGGCAAGGAAAUACGACAAUCGAAACAUAUUUUGGCAAACUCAGCAUGUUAUGGAAAGAAAUUGAUAGACGGAUGCCAAAUCCCAUGACUUGCCCUCAGGAUAUCACAGCAUUCAACAAUUUUAUACAGAGACAGAGAUUAUACCAAUUCCUCACAGGCAUAAAUGAAAAUCUUGACAAAGAGAGAAGGGAUUUACUGCACAUGGAUCCUUUACCGACAAUGGAUGUGGCCUAUGCCACCAUCAGACGAGAGAUCUCACGCCGGAAAAUCAUGACCAGCGUCUCAUCACAGGGAUUAAACCCCUCAGAAAUUGGAUCAGGCCUAGCAGCUAUGAAAAACAAAAACUUCCCUCGCAACCAUGAAAGUGACGACCGGCAAAAACUCCGGUGUAGCCAUUGUGGAGGAUCACGCCAUACUAAGGAAGGUUGUUUUAAGCUAGUUGGGUACCCUGAUUGGUGGGAUGAACUACAAAGAAGGAAGGCCGCCACCAAGGCACCGGCGUAUCGGACCGGCGGCAAGGCCCACCUAGCCACUGUAGAUCACCCCGGUGAGAUCACACCAUCACAUGAACAUUCAGGUAUGGAUACGGAGAAAGGGGAGGCAGUUAUUACUGAACAGGUAGCAAGCAAAAGAAGAAAGGAGAGAGAAAUGGCCGUAAAUCAGAGGGAAAGGGGAAAGGAAAGGGAUACAUCCCAACCCUCACAAUACCCUUUAAAUACUAAACCUACCCAACCCAACAAAACCCAAAAAAAACCUUAUAAUACCACCCAACAACUCCCGGCCCACUCCACACAAAAACUCACACAAAAAUACUCGGCCCAAACCACCCAAAACAAUACCCAAUCCCAAAAUUUUAGCCUCAUAAGCCACACCUCUCACUCCAAAUGGAUUUUUGACUGUGGAGCUACCGAUACUAUGACUUUUGACCCACAUGAUUUGUCCGUAAUACAUUCUACUCCUCGUACCCAUGUCCAAACUGCAAAUGGUGCGACUAUCCCGGUUUAUCAAGCUGGGCCAGCUGAUAUUUCAUCAUCUCUUCGUGUCAAUAGUUGCUUAUUAAUUCCCAGUCUUUCUCAUAAAUUAUUAUCUGUUAAUCAGCUAACCAAAGAGCUUCAUUGUACAGUCGUGUUUAAUUCUGAUGGUUGUCUUGUGCAGGAUAAUCUGACGGGGACGAUUCUUGGGCGUGGUACUAAGCAAGGUGGAUUGUACUAUGUGGACGAGACGGUCAAAACGGGUCAUUCACUACUUGUUCGCGGGACUCCCAAACAACAACUUUGGACUUGGCAUCGACGUUUAGGUCAUCCUUCCCUAGGUUACUUAAAACGUCUUUUUCCGUCUCUUCGUAGUUGUAAUUUGUCUUUGGAUUGUGAGACUUGUGCUCUGGCUAAAAGUCAUAAACAUUCGUACUCUCCUAGUUGA